CUCCCAUUGGUCCCUCAAUAGAAGCGGCUCUGAUGCGCUGCGGUGACACAGCCAAGUCUGCGGCGAUAAAAAGCAAAGGCGACGAGACGCGCAGGAGAAACACCAGAAACUGGAGGGCGGAUAUUUGAUCCGUAGAUGCGUCUCUGCGAGUCUUAAUACGGCUGGAAGUAUCUGUCCAUCUCCUGAGGGAUCUGGUGAAGAAUGGAGUGGUAUGUCCUGGUGCUGAUGCUGAGCUUGCCUUCCUCCCUCCGCGCAGAUUGCUCUUCACAGUGUGAGAAAUGCGUGCAGCAGCUCCUCAGCCCCGACGCCGUCUUCAGCAGCCUGUCGUGCAGUGCGGAGUGUGCGGACCAGCCGCAGAGAUGCGGCCGCGGGGCUCCGGGGCUGGCCGACUUCAGCCAGGAUGAAGCCGCUGCGGAGGAGGAGAGCCAGCGGGCGGAUCUGGUCAAACGCUACGGCGGCUUCAUCAAGAGGAUCGACCGGAACAAAAACAAAAUCUUCGCCUCUCCGUGGCGCGACAAUUUCAUUGUGAAGUACGGAGCGCUGCCCGAGAAAUACGAGGACUUGUGGAAGACGCUGGGGGAGAGAGAUGUAGACGCGCCGCGGGACGCAGACGAUGUUCCGGAGGACCGCGCGCUUCAUACUUACGUUAAACGUUACGGCGGCUUUUUACGCAAAUUCGGCCCAAAGUCGAAGAGGAGUAGUUACGCGGAGCAGGAGAGCCAGGAGCCCGAGGAGCUGCACAAGCGCUACGGGGGCUUCCUGAGGAGGAUCCGACCGAAGUUGAACAACCUGAAGUGGGACAAGCGUUACGGAGGCUUUCUGCGCCGCAACUUCAAAAUCUCUGCGCGCUCAGCCGAGGAGCCAUAUUACGCCUAUGAUGAGUUGAGCCUAUAGAUGAACCGUGCAGGGGGGAAAAAAAUAAGAAAAACUACAAAGAACUUGUGCAGGUUGACUUGAAAAGCCACCGUUUAACCCAGAACGUAUCAUAUGCCUGCCUAUAUUGCUUAUUAUAGCUUACUUUGUUGCCUUUCUGUGUAACAUCUCUCAUCUCUGUGUUAUAUUGGCAUCAUCGUCUGUCAUUCAAUCAAUCAAUAAAUGAUUCUUGUUUUAA